CGUGAGUGUUUUAUAGUUCCACUCGUGCUUCCGAGUCCGAGUUUCUCUCCGCAAACGCCCAAGACUCAAGAGUCAUACAAAUACUGGUCCUCUAGGCAGUGAUGGCAUCAACAUUCUUUACAUGGCUCAGAUCUCCUGCUGCUCGCGAGUACUUCUUCAGUAUGCUUUUCAUCAAUCAUCUUUUGCUUGAAACGUGUCUCAUUGUACUCUUCACAGGCACACACUUCUGGGGACCUGUUGCAAACUGGGGUCUUCCCCUCGCUGCCCUCGCUGACCUUAGCAAAGAUGAAGAGGUCAUCUCAGGUUCUAUGACCACUGCACUUGCUGCUUAUUCAAUGGUUUUUAUGCGCUUCGCCUGGAAAGUACAACCCCGGAAUUACUUGCUCUUUGCCUGUCACUUGACAAACGGGACAGCGCAGUCAAUCCAGGAAGCCCGCUUCGUAAACUACUGGUAUUACGGUGGUCGUGAGAAGAAGUUCGGUCUUGACAAGGGUCCAGUCACCCAAGCCAUCGAGGAAUCACAAGCAGAAGCAAAGAAGGUUGUGGACGCAAAAUAAUAAUAUCACCCUAUGCAACGCUGGAAUACACUGCGCAUUUGACUAACCAAAGUCUGAACUCAGCAUCUAGAUACUGAUACGUAAUUUUCACCAAAAUUCAUCA